CAAUAUGUCACUGUCUAGAGCUUUUCCAAAGAGAAAGGAUGUGUUCAGGAAGAAAGAGAAAAACACAUCUUUCAAGACCUCAGUUUCUUAUUUAGAAGGAAAGAAUGAAGGAUUCUCACAUGUCAAAUCUGUGAUGAUCAAUGUUGAUGAGAGUAGUCAGAGUCAAACGGCUCGUAAAGAGAAGCCAAAAAGAUCAACAUAUAGUCAAUUGAUGACUAAAUUAGCAAAGAAAUCAAGGAAGCCAUUAUUCAAGAAUGGCGGAAUAACUAAAUCUUCUGCAAGGAUGGAAAGUUCCAAUACCAGCCAGGCUAGAACAAAAAUCAAAAAUGCCCAUGAUCUGUAUAAAAAGAGUUACAUACCACUUAAAGUUGACUUAUCAGAAUGUAAAUAAAACUCCGAAGACAGGUAGACAGAGAAGCUUAACUAACUCUACCUGUAAAAGAAAAGAGACGAAAUUUCCUGCUAAGAAAUCCUUGGUCACCACUCCUGUGAAGAAACUAAACCAGCCAGUGACUGCUAGGCCUAAGACUAGUAGAAGUAGGGGGAUGAACAAUAAGAUUCAGAGUUCAAAAACCGAACAAAUUUGAAUGCCUCCUUCUAAAUAUUCCACUGUGACUAAAGAGGAAUACUUCUUGCACGAAGGCCGGAAAGGUAAUCAGGAAGUUGAACGGUAUGAAAAGAUGUUAAAAGAGGUUAAUAAUGAGUUCCAAGCCACACUCAAGAAAAAUACUGAGCUGUAUGAAAAGGCUGGAAAUCUGGAGAUCAAGCUCAGGAAGUCUCAUGAAGACCUGGCUAAGGCUAAGCGCUCAAUAGAUUCAAGCGCUACAACUAAAUCUGAGCUGAAGAAGAGCCUUGAAAAGGAGAGAAUCAAUUUUGAGAAAGCAACUCAGAAAUUUAAUAGAGUCAUUCAGGAGAAAAAUGAUGAAAUUAGGAAGUUAAAGUCUGUUAAGCUUGAUCUUGAAAACAGAUUAUUACAGGACCAAGCUAAUAAUAUGCAGUCUACUGAAGCUCAGAAAGAUCUAUAUACCAAGAUUACCAAGCUAGUGAACACAGUCACAGAUCUCGAUAGCCAACUUGGAAAGAGAGAAGCUCAUAUCGAUGAUCUGAAUGUUAGAAAUGAUUCUUUGAUACACGAAAUUAAGCAGUACAAACAGAGAGAAUCAGCACUGGAAUAUAAAGUUGGUGUUUUAAAAUCUGAAAGCUCUACUUUAAAAGCAGAGAAUGAUAUGCUCCGUGAAAGAAAGCUCAAAGCAGGAGUAAUACUCAAAGAGAACUUAGCUGAGGUAGAAUCACUUAAAAGGGAGCUUACACUUACUCAUAACAACCUUAAGUUUUGACAUAAGAAUGAAGACCAGUACAAAGAAGAAAAUUAUGAUCUUAGGAAUAGAUUACAAAAGGCAGAAAGAGAAGUUUUACAGUAUAAAGAUCAACUCGAUACCUUACAAUUUGAGCACAACUCCUUAGUAUCAAAAUUAGUUGCACUAGAGGAUUCAAUAAUCAAAGGUCUUUCUGAUGAGAAUUUAAUCAGAUCUAAGCUUAGCUCGUUGAUAAACACAUUCAGGAUUGGUUGCUCGACUUCAAACUUCGUCACCAAUAUGAAAUCGAAGAAGUUCUUGCAUGAGAGAGUAAGAACUGAGCCAACCAGGUUCAGGUCCCUUACAGAAGAAAAGCAGCCUAAUAGGAGUGAUUUCAGAAGCUUAAGUAGAAAGAACACAAGCUCCAAGCAGAAAAUAGAUCCAAUGACAAUGAAGCCUGCAGGAAAGAAGUCUAACAACGAAGUUGACUACAGAGUUGAUAGCGUUGAAUACCUUGACAGAAAUAGAACAAGAACGCUUGUUGACAAGACCUCUCUUUAUGAGACUCAUAGAUUAAAUACAAGCCAGAGUGGGAAAAUUCAGGACUCAUUUCUUACCUCAAGAAGCAAUUUUGCUGAAAAUUUGGGAGUAAUUACAGAGAAGAGCUUGAAAGAGCUUGAUAGGAACUAUUCAUCAGCAAUGGUCUCUUCUAGGCCUUCUUCAGUCACAACAGAGAUUAGAAACAUGUGGGAUUUUAAGAAGACUGAUAAUAUAUUUGAGCUAGAAUCACACAGAGAGAAAAGAAUUCCAAACCAAGAUGAUUUAUAUAUCCCUAAAAGCACAUACGCUGGCGAGGGCAAGUAUUCCCCUUUCGGCGAUGACGAAGUAGACUCCUUAUUCAGAACUUACGAAGAAAGACACAAGCCUUACGAAUGGCAAAUCUCAAAAGCCCAGAUCGACCUCAGCAGGGAAUAUCAAUCUAACAUAUAAUUUUCAACCAAAAACUUGCUA